CGUAUUGUGUGUAAUGCAGUACAGAUUCUUAUGCGCUAUACAAUGUCUGUAUAAUUUGGUUUCUAAACUUUUAAAAUGGAGCCACCAGAAGAAGUAGAAAUACAACGUCUGCCAGAAAAUUUAUUUGAUUUGAAUGCAGUUGAUCAGUGCAUUCUACGUGACCGGAAUGGACAGGCAACGACUUUUAAAUCUGCAAGAGAGGGUUCUACCUGCAUUAUAGUGUUUAUUAGGCACUUCAUUGAUUAUGUUGCCAAAGAAUAUGUUGAAGAUUUUUCCAAAAUAUUCCCGCGUCACUUAGAAGGCAGCAAUGUAAAAAUCAUUGUGAUUGGUUGUGCUCCAUCGCGCUUCAUUGCUCCUUUCUGUGAUGAAACCAAUUUUGAACAUUCAAUGUUUUGUGAUUCCAAACGGAUCAUCCAUAAAUGUCUUGGACUUUACGAUUAUCCACAAAACUCAUUGUCCAAUGAGGUUAGUCCCCAUGUAAAAUCAACCGCAUUUUCUGGCUUUUUCCGAACCGUUUGGAGAGGAAUAAAAAGUCAGGUUGAACAGGGAGAUUCUUUACAACAAGGGGGACAACUUAUUAUCGACCAAGACGGCAAAAUAUUAUUUUUCCAUCGCGACUCCCACCCACUUGAUCACACACCUAUAAACGACCUUCUGCACGCUGCCAAUCUGCCAAGGAUCGAUUUUCUGUGUAAUUUUCCCAUCAAAGAUGUUUAAUAGAACAAGAUCUACACAAAAGCCAAAAUAAACUUAGGUGAUCUGAGAAUACAGAUAUUAUUUCGGCCAUUUUCAAUACCUUUUACUGGUGCCACUAAUCUAAAAUUUGGACACUGUACUAACUAGAUCCAAGCGGUACCGAUGUUUAAAUUUUAUUUUAGCUUCAUCCGGAAAAGGUAUUGAAAAUGAACAUUAUACUUUCUGUAUUCUUGGAUCACCUUGGUCCAAAUUAAGGGUUGCAGUUAUUUUACAUGCAAUUGGUAACCUUAAAACGGAUUUUAUACUUUUUGGAAAAGUGUUAGAAAAAAAUCGCUAAAAGAAAUAUAUUUCAGCCCCUAAAAUGUCAUGAUAUUUGUAUAAUAUCAUUACCUAUGUCUAUCACUAAACCCAUACAAAAGCACAUAUGUUUGGAUGAAAUCCUUUAUUUGCACAACUUACUGUAAUUUGUAUUGCAAACGCAUUUUGCAAUUAUUGUUUAUUUUUUUCUACUGCUUUGUAGCCUUAGUCUACCUACACAAACACAUACGCUUUUAUACUGUAAUGCAUCACUGUUUUUAGUUAAAAGUACUUUGAACAUACAUUGUGUAAUUUUGCAACACUGUAUGCGCUGUGAGUUAUACUUCAUGCGAUUUUUUAAAUUAAGUUGAACAUUUUUCAUGCUACAGUGCAGUCUAACAUGCUUCCAAAUUUUCCUAAUUUUGUUCUUUAAUAGCAAUAAACAAUGUUGGUAUCAUAAUAUUAGAUUAUGCAGUCGUGAACUCGAAUUAUGUUUGGUUAUCAUAAACAAAUUAAAGUCAUUGCAACAUGCGGAC